AUGUCGAAGCAGGCGUUAGGAAAUACCUUACAGAAUGUCAGAGUUGACGUUAUAACACCGCAAAAACAAACAUACGGAGAAUAUUUAGGGUAUCCACAAAAAGCUAAUAAUAGUGGCGCACAGUAUUCUACUAAAAGUGAUUUUGUUUAUGUGAACAGCGCUUUUGUGGGCAGUGUGAACAAUGUAAAUUCGAAUAGAUCGUAUGAACCGCCUACAACAGUAAUUCGGGAGCAAUAUUGGGCAUGUUCAAAAUGGUCCUUCGCGCAGCGGAUUCUAGCACUUGCUGUAGGCAUACUUACAGGCGCAGUGAUUGGUUUAGCCUUCUUAGUGGUUUUUAGAGGGGAUAAAACAAACCUAUCUGAGGUAUUC